AUGAGUGUUAAAGAAGUUAAAGUUUGUAUUAUAGGAGCUGGUAUCUCAGGACUUAAAACUGCACAUACUUUAUUGAAUGAUCCAAGAUCAAAAUUUACUAAAGAUGAUGUUUUAAUAGUUGAAGGUCAAGAUUAUAUUGGUGGUAGAGUGUUAACUGAUAAAACCAGUUCCAAGUUGGGUUAUAGUUAUGAUCUUGGUGGAGCUUGGUUUCAUGAUGCUUUAACCAAUGUAGUAUUAAAAGAAUCAAUUGAAGAUAAAUCUUUUGAUCUUAACAAAGAUGGAUAUUUUGAUGAUUUAGAACAUGUUUAUUAUCAUAAUGACCACAAAGGUGAAUUGCCAUAUAAUAAAUGGAGAUUAAAUAAAGUGGGUGAAGAAUUAUUUAAGUUCAUUGAAAUUUAUUACUAUGAAUCAUUAGAUAGAAAAGAUAUGAACUUAUUAGAAAUCACUGAUAUUUAUAUUGAACGUUAUGGGGAUAGAUUAACACCUGAACAAAUCAAAUACCUUCAUCAAGUCGCUAGAUACAGUGAAUUAUGGUUUGGAGUUGCUUCUGAUAAGAUCAGUGCUAAAUAUUCUGCCAUGUCUCAUGAAGGUAGAAAUCUUUAUAACUUAAAAGGAUUUUCCUUUUUGGUUGACAAGUUAUUGAAAGGUAUUUUUAGAGAAAACAUUUUAUUAAACCAUAAAGUAUCAAAAAUCAAUAGAGCCGAUAAAUACAUUGAAACUCAACAUGGUACUAUAAAAUUUGAUUACUUGGUAGUUACCGUUCCAUUAAGUAUAUUGAAAUUACCUCAAGAUCAUGAAUAUGGUAUCACAUGGGAACCUAAAUUACCUGCUUCUAUGACAGAAGCCAUUGAUAAAAUGAGUUUUGGAGCUUUAGGGAAAGUUAUUUUUGAAUUCGAUAAUAUUUGGUGGGAUAACGAAAUUGAAAGAUUUGUCUUACUUUCAGAAGAUUUGGAUAAUAAAGAUAUCGGAGAACCUUUGAAAAGUUUACCUAAAAAGAGUAAAUAUCCUAUUUUAGCUAUAAAUUAUGCUGCAAUGCAUAAAAAUGAAAAGGCAAGUCUUGUGCUUUUAACUCAAUCUCCAUUAACUGAUUAUGUUGAAGCUCAUCCUGAAGAAGCUUGGGAAUAUUUCAAACCUAUGUUAGAACAAAUAGUCACCAAAGAUAAAAAGAUUUCUGAACCAAUCAAUGUUAUGACUACCAAAUGGACACAAAAUCCUUACGCUAGAGGAUCAUAUUCGGCUGUUUUACCAAAUGAUGAUCCAGAAAGUAUAAUCGUUCAAUUAUCUGGAGAAUUAGAAGGUGUAGCAUUAUCUCAUUCACCUAUUAGAUUUGCUGGUGAGCAUACCAUUUCUGAAGGUGAUGGUUGUAUCCAUGGAGCUUAUAUGAGUGGUCAAAGGGAAGCUGAAUGGAUUAUAAACAAUUUUUUUUUUUCAAAAAAACUAGCUAAAUUAUAA